GGUCUUACACUCCCCGUUGUACUGCUUCAUUUAAUGAACUCGUCGAUAUAUAUCUCUUUGUCCAUUAGCUGAGAAAACGCAGUUUGCUUUUGUCUUAUAAAUGGACUGCGGCAAAUGACUAGUCUUGUGAUCCUGCAAAUAGAGUACCACAUGAUUUUUAUCUUUGAUACAUUGUUCUUUUUUCUCCACGUCUAAACCUUCUUUCUUUCAUGAUCUUAAUUAUUUACUAAAGCUUAACAAUUCUCCACCUAGUAAAGAAAGAUCAGAACAGUCAUAUAUGUAUCAUCAUACCUGAAAGAUAGAGACAUACACUUGAUGGUCUUUUGGAUUCCAGUCCUGGUUUCUAAGUGUUACUUCUCAGACUUGACCCUCAACAAGUUCAAAGCAGUUUGAAACUUACAGACUGACAAGAUUUUGGUGAAGAUAUCUGCUGGUUUACUCAACAUAGAUAUCUUCAACACUUCCACGAGUCCAUCUCCAAUGACUUGUCAAAUCUUGUGAAACUUCACAUCAACAUGAUUUGUCUUUUCAUUAUGGACAUUGUUCUUUGACAGGGAUAUGUCGCUUUGUGAAUCACAAAACACCUCAACACUCUCUUCUAUUUGUACCCAAAGUCUCUUAACAGACCGUUGAGCCACAAAGCUUCCUUGACUCUAUCAUCCAAGACCAUAUAUUCAGCUUUUGUGGUUGAUAAAACUACAACCCUUUGAAGAGAUGACCUCCAACUGAUAGUAUUUUCUCGGAGAGUAAAUACCACACCACUGAUUGAUCUCCUCCUAUCUACAUCUACAACAUAUAUAGUUAGAAUCACAGCAGCCUCUGGGAACAAAUUAAGACCUCUUGUAGCAAAGCUUUGUUUCCAGUGUACCUCUAAUAUAUCUUAUAACCCAUUUAACUCCCAACCAAUGUUUCUUGAUUGGAUUCCCAUAAAUAUGCUGAAUUGCUGAUGAUUUCAACUGGAUAAGACAUGUCAGGUCUUGUAACGAUUAUAGAAUUUAUAACUAAAAGCGCUAAAUAUUAAAUAGUUAAAAUUUGUAACUAAAUGUGAUAAAAUAAUUCUUAAAAAAUUAUAUAAUUUAAACAAUAAUUUUUUUAAUUUACUAAUUUCUAUCUUAUAUUAAAUAAUAGUUACUCCAUUAAAAAUAAUUAAAAUUUAAAAUACAAUAAUAUAAAAUACUAUUUAGUGUAAAAUUUAAUAUUAAAAUUAAAGUUGUAAAUAAAGUAAAUACCAAAUAUUAAAUUUGAUAUUAUUUCAAUACCAAAUUUAGUAUGUUGGUUAAAAUUUCCCUAAUGGUCACACUCUUCUACGUCUCCUAUUGCAGUUUCAAGAAUACCCUGAAUCAAUCUAACAUUUUUUUAAUGAAUACAGAGAUCAUUUUCUUUUUUCCUUUUUUAAAAUAUAUUUACUACAAAAUCAAUAACACUUUUUAUAUCAUUUCUUUAAAAAUUAAUUUGGAUAUGAUGUUGGAUAUAUUAAUAAUUAACUAAAAUAUUUGUUUUUUAGUGGUCAAAGAUAAACAUUGUGUUUGAGAUAAUAGAGCCGAACCUUAAUUAAUAUCUAUUUUUUUUUCUUUCUUUUUUUAAAAAGAAAGAUUACAAUUGAGAAUGGUUCGACUAUUUUAUUAUUUGUUUUCUGAUUUUUUUUUUUUAAAUUGAUAGGUCAUUCUCUUAGAAAAUUUGAAUUCUGUAGAAAAUAUAUGCAUAUAGAACUUAUAAAUUUUAACUAAAAUUACUAUAAAAAUCUAUAAUACUUUUUGAGAAGUGAUUUUUUCGCAUUUGAGCUAUCGAGUUAAAAAUUAGAGUGGUUAAUAUCGAUUAUACCCUUAGUGAAUAAACUAUAUAAAUUAGUCACAAAAUAAAAACGAAAGUAAAUUAUUUUAUUAAAUAAGUGAAAUUAAUAAUAAUCCAAAAUGUAAAAUACAAUUUAAAAUAAAAAGAUAAUUUAUAUAUAUAUACUGUGUUGUUAUCUGGAAAUAUCUUUUUAAUAAAAAAAUAAAAAUUAAAAGAAAGAAAAUACAUAACUAAAUAUCAACCAAGUAAAAAUUUUAGUUUUAUAUAACUAAAAAGUUAAUACUGAGUGAUUUUAAGAUUUAUUUAUUAAUAAUGAAUAUAGUGUAGAAAGUGUUUUUCAAAAACUUUAUAUGUAAGAAUUUUCAAAUGAAAAUAAAUAAUUAUUAAUUAGUUUAAAAAAGAAAACAUAAAUAAUAAUUUAUAAUUAUAGUUUUUGAUUAGUAAUCAAUAUAUCUAUACUAUUAUUUAUGAAGUGAUUUGGCUUAUUUGUCAUCUUCUCCAUGAUUUUAGUUAAUUUGCUUACUUGUCAUAUUUUCCAUAAUUUUAUAGUUAAUUAAUAUUAUUAUUAAUUUUUUUAUAUCUAGAUAUUUAUCAUAAUAUUUAAAAUCAUGAUAAACAUGAACCUAUUUUACCGAUAUAUAUAUAUAUAUAUAACAAUAUUUUAAAAAAAUAUAUAUUAAUAUAUAAUAAACAUGAUAUUUAGGACAUUUAAUUAAUAAAUAGAUAUUAAUAAUAUAUACCGAUAAUAUCAUCGUUACUUUUCUUUCAUUUAUAAUUUUAAUGACUAAUAUUUUAGCUAAUAGCUAAUUUCUCUGAUUUUUAAUGAAAAUAUUGAUCAAAUAUAGAUUAUUAGAAACUUUAUAUAUAAGUAUACUAAUAUAUCUGAAUUAAUCAGUUUAUUUAGUUAAUUUUCUUAUUUUAAUAUUUUCCAUAGUUAUAUGAUAAAUUAUUAGUUUAAUUAAUAUUAUUAUUUAAUUUAUUUAUUUUUAUAUCGAUAUAUUUAUCAUGAUAUUUAAAAUAAUUAAUAAACAGUAACAUAUUUUACCAAUAUAUAUAUAUAUAUACUAAUGUUUUUUAAUUUUUUUUAAUAUAUAAUUAUCAUGAUAUUUAGGAAUUAAUAAUUAGAUAUUAACAAUAUUUACCGAUAAUAUCAUCAUUACUUUUCUCUCAUUUUAUACUUUUAAUGACUAAUAUUGUAGUCAAUUUCUCUGAUUUUUACUGAAAAUAUUGAUCAAAUACGUAUUAUUAUAAAAUUUAUAUAUAAGUAUACUAAUAUAUCUGAAUUGAUCGGUUUCUUUUGUUUAUUCGGUUUGAUCCCUUCAUAUAUUGAACCAUAUUCAUAUAUUAAUGUAUUCUAAACAUAACAUCCUCGGUACUUCCAGAUCUAGACUAUUUUCUCUAUUUCGGUUUGGUUCGGUUUUGAAUGGUUUGGUUUUACCAGAUUGAAAACUCCUAAACUAUUGUUAUUUGUUAAUGUUUUAUAUUUGUGAUAUUUUUAUAAUAUUUAUAGUACCACAUGAUUUCUUUUCAGUCCAAAUACAAUAUGUGUUAAUUUUACAUACAAAAUUUUCUAAUUUAGUUAUUACUAUAAAAAAAAUCAAAAUCUACAUCACAUAAAUAAAAAUAUGAAACAAAAUAAUACAAUUUAAUAAAUUGAUUACCAAUAUGAAUAUUGAAAUUUUAUAAUUUAUAAUAAAUUAAAUUUGUAUCUAAUUUAAUAAUUAUUAUUUUAUUAAAAAAUUAGAAUUAAAAAUUGUUAGAUGUAUAAAUAUAUUAAUCCGCACAAGGUGUGGGACAUCAACUAGUUAAUAAAUAUUUAUAAAUGUUAAUGACUGCAUGACCGGGUAAAACAUCUAGCGUUAAAAUAUUAUGGAACAAAGCUAUAACAAACAUGUGACGUUAAAAAAAAAAAGCUAUAACAAACAUGUGACGUUAAAAAAAAAGCUAUAACAAACAUGUAUCACCUAUUAUAUCAUUAUUUGUCAUUGCUAUAUUUAUCAUCUUUAAAUUGUUCGGCUUCUAACCACACACAAAAAAAGAACUGUAUGCAAGCGCUAAAAAAUUUAGUUACCAGUCGAACCCAACUAAUAAAUCCGAAUGGACACACUUUCCACUUUUUCAUUAAAAAAAUAAAAAAAAAUAAAAGAAAACUAAAAGAAUUGAUCUCUCUUUUUGUAUAUAAAGAGGAAGCAAACAAAGAGAGCAAAAAUGGCCGGCAUCUUCUAAUAAUUAUCUGUACAUAUAUAUGAGUAUGAUGAGAAGGCAGAUGUAAUCUAUGAUAAUGAUGGUAACGGGGAGAAGGUGUGAAGACUGUGGGAAUCAAGCUAAGAAAGAGUGUGUGUAUAUGAGAUGCAGAACUUGCUGCAAAGCCAAAGCCUUUCAUUGCCAAACUCACAUCAAGAGCACUUGGGUUCCUGCCUAUAGAAGAUCCCACAAACACCAAUCGCAAACGCCGCCGCAACCACAGCAGCAACCGCUCUCUAUUACAAACUCUAAACGUCUCAUAGAACAGCACCCAACUUCUUCCCCUUCAUCAUCAGGUGUAAGAAUCGGAACUAGUACGGGACAUUUUCCUGCGGAGUUGAGUUCUGUAGCGGAUUUCCGUUGCGUAAAAGUGAGUUCAAUCGAUGAUGGAAAAGAACAAUACGCUUAUCAGACGACGGUGAACAUUGGAGGACACGUUUUCAGAGGCAUUCUUCACGAUCAGGGCCUCGAAAAAGUGGUGUUAGAUCAUCAACCUGCUCAUCAUGAUCAAGCUUUACUUCUCCCGUCAUCUUCACGUCCCUUGAUGAUAACUAGUCAUUUUACCGAUUUCAUGUCCGGCAACCACACCAAAAGUCUUCAUUGACAAUAAUUUCGUAAAAUCACUGUAAAUUGACUAAUUUUUUUUUGAUACAAAUUAAGUUCUUGUAAUCUUUGUCAUCUUAUGAAAUGGUUAUAACGUUGUUACUCCAAGCUAGGGCGAUCAUCAUGGUUGGUACAUAUGUAGCAUAAUAAUGUCUAUCGCUAUUCUUUUGUAUCUAGAAAGUAUGAAUCUAACUAUCUAAUUAAAAAAAAAUCUAGGAUCUAGUUACCAAAAAGUUAAAGAUAUAACUUGUUGUAAUAGAUAUAGAAAGAUAAGUGAAAGUUAUAAAUAACGAAGGAAAAAGACAAAACAUUUAACAUGAUUUGCCAAUUAGCUAUCUACGUCUAUGGGAUAGAGAAACAAAUUAUUAGUGGAAACUGUACUAAGGUUAUAUGAAUACAAAAUAUAUACAUAUGAAGAUUAAUGGUCUGAAAUAGCCCUUGGCAAAAAAAAACGGAACCGAAAAAACCGAACCGGAACCGAACCAUAUUAUCUGAAACCAAAACCAGACCAAAACCCUUAAAUAUCCGAACAGUUCCUAUAUUUCUAUAUUCGAAUAACCGGAACCGAACUGGAACCAACCCGAACGGAUAUCUAAAUAUCCAAAAAACAAGUUUCAGUUUUUUUUAUAUAAGAUAAAAUAUCAUCAACUCAACAAAGCUGGACAGGAAAAAUGAGAACGACAUUAUCUUUAUGUAUUCUCUUAUAUUAUACACAUAUAUAUACUUCCAUAUUAAAUUACAGUAAAUACUUAUGAAAAUAACACUUUAAUGACUCGAACUUUUAUUGGAUUGACAAAUAUACAAGUGCGUAACCAAUAGAUCACUUAAAUUAACAUGUUAACUAAUAUUAUAUAUAUAUAAUAUUUGUUUAUAUAUUAAACUGAUACCAAAAAUCAAACUGAAACCGAAUCAAAACCGAACUAAAAUUUCAUAAAUGCCUAUUUGGUAUAAGAAUGGUUUAUCCGAUAUAUCCGGAACCAAAUGGUUCAUACCCGAAACCAAAUGGUUCCUACCCGAAACCAAAAUGCCCACGGCCAGUCUGAAAUCCUAAAAGGCUAAAACUAAUGAAUUCGCUGAGUUUAAAAAAGACUAAAUCGAAACUACAAUCUAUAUAGGUUAUUUGUUGUAGUGAAAACAUAUCAACACAAUUAGCUUUUAUUAUUAGUUUAUGUUGAGUAUAUACGGCGAUUACUGAUAAUGAUAAAUAUGGUACAUCUUCCUAAGUCUUAACUAUAGGUUUGUGUACAUUUAAUAUAGACAAAUAAGUAAGUUAACAGGUGGCUGUUGAGGGGAUUAACUUUUGCUUUGUAACUACUAACUUACCUCAUUUACUCGAUAGCAACCUACUCCUAUUUAAUUUUGCAUUGAUAAAUGGAUUUUAACGAUUGAAUGCAUCAAGCUGAUCCACCUGUCUAUAAUGUAAUCACGAAACUAUCCAUAAUAACAAAGCAACUCAUUCAUAAUUAAUUGUAUCGUACAUGACCCGAUGACACAUUAUGUAUAAACUACCCGAUGACACAUAAGAAAUUGGUGCUUGCCCACAUUUUUUUAUGCAUGAGAACACAAGCUUUUAACAAAAAGAAGGAAAAAAGUUCUUAGUGAAAGCACAACUUCCAUUCUCUUUAUUAUACUUGCAACUAAACUUAUGAAAAUUAACAAAGCAGUAUAUCUAUACAGAAGAUGAAGAUCAUAUUGUAGUUAAAUAUUGAUCUAGUAAAACAAAAAAAAAUAUUCUCCUUUUUAAGUUAUACAAAUAAAACUAAGAAAAUAUUCUAACUAAUCAUAUCAAUAGUGUUGAUACAAGAUUGCAUAUAUAGAAAAAUGAUAAUCUAAUUACACAAUUACAAUUAGAAAACUUAUCAUAGGCAAAAAGGAGGGAAGAUUUCAUUAUGUGGCGAUUAGAACACUCAGCCUUGCCUCCCAAUUUUGCACUAGGCUGUUUGUCUAUAAGCAAAGUUAGGUGUGCGCCUUUUACUUAGAUGUUCUUGUUUAGGGUUCUAAUAUUUUGAUUAUAUAUGUGUUGUAUACUUUGGUGAAUCAUUCUUUAUCAUGCCCUUUUUAUCUUAAUAAGUUUCCCUAAACAGGUGUCGAUAUCCUACAUUGAUGGUGCGAUUUCCUUUUAGCAUUUGGUUCUUAGAAUUAUUCCCUCCCUUAAAAGGUGUUAUGUUAUUGUACUAUCAAAUUUAAGGUUAAAAAUUAAAAGGGGUUAAUGGGAAUCACACCCUAUGGAGUGCCUAUGUAUGUUAAAGCUAAGCUAUUACCUUAAAAGUUGAAUAAAAUAAAAUUGAUUGAUAACUGAUUAGGAUUUUAUGGGUACUAAAACCAAAAAGAUAAUGGGCAUCAAUAUGUAUGUAAGCAUGCAUGUUCUUACAAAAAGAAAAGAAAAACUAAAAUUUUAACAUUAGCUUUGUAUAAAUAUAUAUAAAUGAUUUUGUCUCAUUCGAUACUACACAAAAACCUAUUAAUAUCGCAUUUAGAUACCUGUUUUUCAAUUCGGGAACAGAUGAGUAUUAUAUUUUUUUUUCCAUCAAAGUAUUCAUGUUUAAUAUAUCCUUUCUAAAAAUUUAAACUAAAAUAUAUCUUAAAACGACAUUUCUUUCAUUAUGAUUUUUUUAAUAAAAUGAUAUUUAAUUUUAAAUGGAGAAAUAUAUUAUAAGGAAAACAAAUAGAAAAUGUGAUUCGUAUGAUUUGUAAAUAUCGUGAUUGCUUUACACAACCAUUAUUUUUUUCACAGCUACAUUAAGUUACACCAAUCAUGUAUUACUAAAAAAAAAAAUUAAAUCUAUAGGGUCCAAAUAUAUAUAUAUAUUAAAAUAUAUUGAUUCUCCAGAAAUCAAAUUUCUACAUUUAUAUGUUGUCAUUUAUUUAUUUUAAAAGAAAUUCACAGUAAUAAAAUAUACUAAAAUUGAUCUGAAGUAUUUACGGCUACAAUUGUUUUUUUUUUAAAUAACGGCCUAUACCCAUCAAACAUUAAACAUCAAACUAAGAACCUACUACACCCUUGUAGUUCAUCAAUUAGUUGGUUUCAUUUGAUAUCUCAUAUCUUUUUUUUUUUUUUUUUUUUUGAACACAACUUUAAUUAAUAAGCAGACUAGUUCUGGGCGAAGCCGUUACAGAGGGCACUCUUGGCCAAAGAGUCAGCCAGAGAAUUAG